AUGGUGUACACGUCUGUUUCUCUGGCUUCUGUUGCCAUCUCUUUACUUGCACUGAGCGAUGCCAAAGCCAUCAGCACCACCCCCAGCUCCUCAUAUUCGAUUGCUUCAUCGACAGACUCGUCGGUACAACCUACCUCGACUCACCCUACCUGUCCUGAAGCCAACAACAACAUUUUCAUCGCCAAGAGCGGUGCCACCUUUGUCGUCGAAUGUGGAAUUGACUAUGCGGGCGGUGACUUGAAGUCUGUCAACAUUGCCAGUAACAGAAUCGGCGACUGCAUCGAUGCAUGCGAUGCUACUGAGGGGUGUAUCGAUAUCAGCAUGUCUGGUACUGCCUGUUACAUGAAGUCGAAGCUCAACAAGCCCCUCGCCAACAAGGGUAUCAGAGGUGCACGCAAGAUUAAGGAUGCACCUCUGAGUUCGUCUACCAGUUCUUCGUCCAGCACUUCGCACAGUACAUCUUUCAGCACUUCGCACAGCGUCAGCCAUAGUGUGACCCAGGCUCCCACCUUUUCGGAGCCUACUGCCUCUACGGCGCCGGCAACUACUUCUCUUCCAACCGUCAACAAGGGCACCGAAUACAUCAACUACACCAACGUUGCCGGCUACUUCCUCCAGGAUCUCGAUAGCACCGUUCCCAGCACAUUUGACUACACUUACUCGACCGACACAAGCUCCAAUUCAGGACUCACCCAAUGGCAGCGCUUCAACUCCCUCCUGAAGAACCUGAACAACGAUGCUCCCAAGAACGUCGCUUACAAACUACUCUUCAUAGGCCGCCACGGCGAGGGCUACCACAACGCCGCACAGACUUACUACGGCACACCCGCCUGGAACUGCUACUGGAGCCAGCAAACCGGCAACAGCACCAACAGCUGGCAAGACGCUGAUCUGACUCCCAAUGGUAUUGCUCAAGCACUCAAGGCAAACACCUUCUGGGCCCACGAGAUUUCUGCUCAAAAGAUCCAGACGCCAGAGAGUUUCUAUGUAUCUCCUCUCACCCGCUGCUUGAAGACUGCAAACUACACUUUCAGCGGUUUGGGACUGCAGAACUUUGUGCCCGAAGUCAAGGAAUUGAUUCGUGAGGGAAUCAGCACGCAUACCUGUGAUCACCGCAGCAACGAAACUUAUAUCAAGUCUCUCUUCCCCACCUGGAAAAUCGAAUCCACAUUUACCGAAACCGAUGAACUCUGGAAUGGCAUCACCGAAGAAUCUUCUUCAGCCCAAGACUACAGGUCCAAGAUUGCGCUUGACGACAUCUUCUCUGCUGAUGACGCUUCAGUGAUUUCGAUUACCACGCAUAGUGGAGAGACGAGCAGUUUGCUCAGAGUGCUGGGACACCGAUCUUUUAGUCUGGUUACUGGCGCUGUCAUUCCGGUGUUUGUCAAGGCUGAGACGGUCAAGGUUGCAUCUGGUGCAACUACCACUACUGUUCCUUGGGACGCCGGUGCUUGGUGUACUAAUGGCCCUCCUCUGGCUAGCAAUACUGCUUGUGUGUGCAGUGAUGGUGUUGCUCCUGUCGCUACUACUGUUUCUGCCAUCUGA